CGGGGCCGCGGGAGGAGGAGGGAGGCGCCGGGGGCGCGCGCGCUGGGCGCUGCUGGGCUGCGGCGGCGGCGGCGGCGGUUACUAUGGCGGAGUCGGCCGGAGCCUCCCCAUUCUUCCCCCUCGUCGUCCUCCUGCUCGCCGGCGGCAGCGGACCCGGGCCCCGGGGAGCCCAGGCUCUGCUGUGUACAUGCACCAACUGCCUACAGGCCAACUACACGUGUGAAACGGAUGGGGCCUGCAUGGUUUCCAUCUUCAACCUGGACGGGAUGGAGCACCAUGUGCGCACCUGCAUCCCCAAAGAGGAGCUGGUCCCCGCCGGGAAGCCCUUCUACUGCCUGAGCUCCGAGGACCUGCGCAACACCCACUGCUGCUACACCGACUUCUGCAACAAGAUCGACCUGAGGGUGCCCAGCGGGCACCUCAAGGAGCCGCCUGAGCACCCUUCCAUGUGGGGCCCCGUGGAGCUGGUCGGCAUCAUUGCCGGCCCCGUGUUCCUCCUGUUUCUCAUCAUCAUCAUCGUUUUCCUCGUCAUUAACUAUCAUCAGCGUGUCUAUCACAACCGCCAGAGGCUGGACAUGGAAGAUCCCUCGUGUGAGAUGUGCCUGUCCAAAGACAAGACGCUCCAAGAUCUCGUCUACGAUCUCUCCACGUCGGGGUCUGGCUCAGGGUUACCGCUCUUCGUCCAGCGCACAGUGGCCAGGACCAUCGUCCUACAGGAGAUCAUUGGCAAGGGCCGGUUCGGAGAGGUGUGGCGCGGCCGCUGGAGAGGGGGCGACGUGGCUGUGAAGAUCUUCUCUUCUCGUGAAGAACGGUCUUGGUUCCGGGAAGCGGAGAUAUACCAGACAGUCAUGCUGCGUCACGAGAACAUCCUCGGAUUUAUUGCUGCUGACAAUAAAGAUAAUGGCACCUGGACACAGCUGUGGCUCGUCUCGGACUACCAUGAGCACGGCUCCCUGUUCGAUUAUCUUAACCGGUACACGGUGACGAUCGAGGGGAUGAUCAAGCUGGCCUUGUCUGCUGCCAGUGGGCUGGCGCACCUGCACAUGGAGAUCGUGGGCACCCAAGGGAAGCCUGGGAUUGCUCAUCGAGACUUAAAGUCGAAGAACAUCCUUGUGAAGAAAAACGGCAUGUGUGCCAUCGCAGACCUGGGGCUGGCCGUGCGCCACGACGCCGUCACUGACACCAUCGACAUCGCCCCGAACCAGAGGGUGGGCACCAAACGAUACAUGGCCCCUGAAGUGCUUGAUGAAACCAUUAACAUGAAGCACUUUGACUCCUUUAAAUGUGCUGACAUCUAUGCCCUCGGGCUUGUGUAUUGGGAGAUUGCUCGAAGAUGCAAUUCUGGAGGAGUCCAUGAAGAAUACCAGCUGCCGUAUUAUGACUUAGUGCCCUCUGACCCUUCCAUUGAGGAAAUGCGUAAGGUCGUGUGCGACCAGAAGCUGCGGCCCAACAUCCCCAACUGGUGGCAGAGUUAUGAGGCGCUACGAGUGAUGGGGAAGAUGAUGCGAGAGUGCUGGUACGCCAACGGCGCGGCCCGCCUGACCGCUCUGCGCAUUAAGAAGACCCUCUCCCAGCUCAGCGUGCAGGAAGACGUGAAGAUCUAACCGGCUUCCCUCACUGCCUGCAACCUGAGCAGCGAGGAUGCACGGAGCUGCCAUGUCGAGCGUACGACGGAGGCCUACCUCUCGUUUCUGCCCAGCCCUCUGGCCAGAAGCCUGGCCCGAAAGAGGGACGAGCCCGGGAGACCUGCUCACUCCCACGUUGGGUUUGAGACACAGAUUCCUUUUAUACUUACCUCCUCGUGGCAUGGAGACUCUGAGCGAAUUGUGUGAGAACUCAGUGCCACAACUCAAACUGGUUGUAGGGGAAGCCCCGCCCAACCCGGUGCUCCUGGGUAUAUCCAGGAGGGGCGACGGCACCUGGAGGGCCAGGUGAAGCUGAGUGCUGCGCAGCACUGAGAUUUUCCUCCAGGCACAGCCCAGCGCCGAGGCGGCCGGAGCUGCAGCGCAGCCCGCUGGCAGGCAGUGCUGGCCCCGUGCUCACCCUCCACGGACAUCGGCAGGGCUGCCCGCGGGGACAGAACCCGCUCCUGCCUGUCCAGCCAGGUGUGCAUGUGCUGAGGCGUGUCUCCUGUGGUGCCUGGUCCGUGCCACCGUGUGUGUGUGUGUGUGUGUGUGUGUGUGUGUGUGUACACGUACGUACAUGUGUGUGUCUAGGUGUGUACUUCCCUGCUUGAGCUUUCUGUGCAUGUGCAGGUCAGGGGUGUGUUCGUCAUACCGUCUUCGUGCUGGUGCCUCUGUUGAGUAGUGAGCAGCGUCUCGUUUUCUGGUGCCCUGCCCAGAGGUCUCCUCCUGGCCCCGGCCCCGGCCCCAGAGCUCUGAGCCACGGUUCCUCCUUUCCCACAGGCCCUCUGCCCGCCCGGGUGAGCACUGCUCUCCGUUUCAGACCAGAGCCAAAGCUGGCCCAGUUGUCCGUGGCAGGCGAGGCUUGUGGGUCCUAGUGUGCGGGAGGGGCGAGUGGACAGGGAAAGCAUCUUGGUGUGAGUCUGGGCGUGUGGGCAGCUGCCACCGUGGGAAACGAGCCAGCCCAGGGCACGGUCCUCGGCACAUCGAGGAAGGCUCGAGGCGUUGGAGCCCAGAGCUUGGGCUCGGAUUAGAAUGUCACAUCUGUCUUUCCCGUCCCGGAGUCUGGAAACAGCCGUGUAUAUUUUUGGUGGUGGUGGGUUUGGGGGGGAGGGGGAGGGGACAAGGAGUGGGGAGGGCGUGGGGGGGAGGCAUCUGCAUGGGUCUUUUACUGGAUUAUCUGAUGAUGGUGGAGGGAAGGUAGGAGGUUGUACCCACGUCAGGGGCCCUGCUAAAGGGAGCAGCCUGAGCCGAAUCAUAUUUAACCUGAAUGUAGUAUUUAACGACGUCUAGAAGCACGGUUGUGGGUGGUGGUUUGGUCACCAUAUCUUAGGUAUAUAAUAACUUUGAAGCCAUACUUUUAACUGGAGUGGGAUUUUUGUUUGUUUUGUUUUUUUUUUAAUUAUUUUAUUGGGAGGGUCUAGAUUUUAACUUUUUUUAAUAUUAAGUUUUUAUAAAAGAAAAACCAUCUCUAUGUGAUGAUUACCUCUCAAUUUAUUUGUUUUUAAAGAAAUCCCUACAAAAUCAACCACAAAAAAAAAAAAGAAAAAGCUCAAGUGCACAUAGCUCAAUCACACUGGAAUGUCUGUCCUUGUCCUGAGCCUGUCCCCGCUCCCCAGGAGAGUCCCGCCUGCCCUGGGGGCUCGUCUCUCUUGCUCUGCCCACCCCACCCCAGUCCCACGAGUGGUUUGGGGCCAGGGCCCUGCCUUUUGUGCAUUGUCCAGCCGGCUGCACCUUCUCCUCCAGGCAUUUGCUCUGCUCGUGUCGGGGCCUCUUGGUGCCAGGCACUGCGCUCGGUGCUGGGAAUAUGGCUGUGAGCGCUGAGGAAGGACCUGCUCCGUUAGUGGGGGCCUGUUUUGAGGCCAGAAGUUUGGUGCAGUCGUUGGUUCUGGAACGAUUGCUCUCCCAGAAGAAGACCGCUGAGGAGCCAGGAUGCCUCCCACGCCAGAGAGACGGGUGGUGGGCACCCGAGCCCGGUCACGGCGUUCCUCCUGAUCCUGCCUGCCCCGGGAGGCGUGUGGAUCCAGUGUCACAGCCGCCCUGCCUCCGGCCCAGCGAUUCUCUGCCAAAGCUUGUGGAGGAGGGGGCGCCCUCUCCCUGCCUCGUCUCCCGACGCCCCUGGCCCUUCUAUUUAUUUUCCUGACGUGUUGCCUCUUUCCUUGUGUUAAAGGAGAUUUCCCCCGUUUGGGCCAAUUUACUGGCUAUUGACUAAUUUCCCUUGAAUACCAAUUGUGUCAUCAGAGGACUUUCUUUCCUCACCUCUGCUGGCCCCUCGCCCCUCUGCCCUGCAGAACCUGGCGGGCUCUGAGUGAUAACGGGAAUAGACUCCUGUGCCCGUCACAACCCGCCUCUGGGAUCUGCCAACACUCCUCAGCCCAGGGACUCCCACGCCACUCGCCUGCUCCCUCGGUGGCCCUUCGUCCUCCCCGCAUGGGCAUCCAGCUCCUCCCCCCGGGGAAGGCUGGGUAGUUUUUUGGGGAAGCUCCCGUCCUCACCCUUGCCACUCUUAGCCGUAAGCGUUAGGAGUCUAGAGAGUUGGGAGAAACUACAGCCUGAAGCCGUGGUGUUUGGCCCCCUGGGCUCACCCUGACCCUUGGGGCCACCUGCACCUCUGGAUUCUGGACUCAGACCAAGACCAAGCCCGUUCUUCCGUUGCCAUCAAGGCCCCCGAACGGCAUUCUCGGUACUUCUGUUUGUUUUUGUACAUUUUAUUAGAAAGGACUGUAAAAUAGCCACUUAGACACUUUACCUCUUCAGUAUGCAAAUGUAAAUAGGUUGUAAUAUAGGAAAUCUUUUGUUUUAAUAUAAGAAUGAGCCUGUCCAAUUUCUGCUGUACAUUAUUAAAGUUUUAUUCACAGAGCUG